UAUAAUAUAAUAAAAGGUCUUUUGUUAGAAUUACGUUUUUCUUAAUUAUUUAUAAUAUAAAUCAAUCGUUGCCCUUCUGAAGUCGGCAGCUCGCCGUUCCGCCACCCUCCUCCGCUCACCGACUCAGCUGCUACGGGUUGAAGGUUAUGACUUUUUGCAAUAUCAUACCAUUCUAUGCCAAUCUCCUUGAAGUUUGCUUUUCCAGUAAGAACCUUCGAAACCUCCAGAGAAUCCAUGCUCAAACCUUGAUGCUUGGAAUUUCAAGUCACAACUUUAUUAGAACUAAGCUUGUAGCUUCUUAUGCUUGUUGUGGCCAAUUACACCAAGCAAACAUUCUCUUCUCUUUCGCAACUCGUCAACCAACCUUCCUCUAUAACACCCUCAUCAGAGCUCAUUCCUCUCUCAACCUUUUCUCUCAAUCUCUUCAUGUAUUUCGCCAAAUGCUUCUUGCCCACAAACCCAUUGACCGCCAGACUCUUGUACCGGUGCUCAAGUCUUGUGCUGCUUUGUCGGCCUUAAGGCUCGGUCGACAAGUCCAUGGAGCUGUUUUGGUUAAUGGGUUUGCCUCGGACUUGGCCAACUCGAAUGCAUUGAUCACAAUGUAUGCCAAGUGUGGUGAUUUAGUUGGCGCUCGUAAGGUGUUCGAUCAAAUGUCUCUGAGGAAUGAGAUUUCGUGGUCUGCACUCAUGGCGGGGUACGGGAUGAAUGGGAUUUUUAGUGAGGUGUUUGGAUUGUUUGAUAUGAUGAUGGAAGCUGGUGAGAGGCCAGAUAGUGUGACUUUUACAACAUUGCUCACGGCCUGUAGUCAUGGAGGGUUGAUAGAGAAGGGGAAAGAGUAUUUCAAUAUGAUGGAAAAGAAGUUUGGGAUAAGGCCUGUGUUGGAGCAUUAUACAUGUAUGGUGGACAUGUUAGGGAGAGCAGGACGAGUGGAGGAAGCAGAGGAGUUGAUUUUGGGUAUGAAAAUAGAGUUGGAUGAAGCUUUGUGGAAUGCAUUAUUGGGUGCUUGUAGGAUCCAUGGGAAGGUGGAGGUGGCGGAGAGGGUGGAGGAAAAGCUUUGCAGAAGGUGGAUGAAUGUAGCAGCAGCUGCAUAAGUAAUAUUUGACUUAACACAUAACGGGUGUUCAGACCAGCUCGUGCACAACUCAACUAGUCUCUCGAAUCCCUAACAAUUCAACCGGGAUUCUGCUCCGGUGUCCCCAAGAAUUUGUUGCUAGGGGAAAUCGAACGGAACCAUAUGCCUUACCACUCAUCCGAACCUUCAUCCUUGCCACUUGGCCAACCCCUUGGGGAUUCAAGUGUUGUUGCUUAUUAGUUAUGUGCCUCACAAAAGUAACUUUAGAACUAACUUCUUGGCUUGAGAAUUCAAUUGUUUUGUAUCCUUCUAAUGACAGAUUAUGUUGUAUUUGCUGGUAAAGGUGGACAAAAAAUAAGAAUGCCAAAAAAAAAAACACCACUUCUGUUCAAGAAUCCAUUGUAAAACCACCACAAGAAAGAAAUGUAUUUGCAGUGUUUUCCAGCAGUCAUGAUAACCUUGUUUUUUUCUUUCCCUUUCUGCUUUGGACAAUAUAGGUUCAUUCAUUGAUUACAGAUCAAAACAGGACACUUCAUGAGAUUUGAAAUA